UGAAUAAAUUUUCUUGUCUUUAAUUUUCGAAGCAGAGAAAGGAGUGUUCGGAAAAGUAAUUUGUUUCGAAAUAAAAAAACAAACAAAAGAAAAAUCAAAGAUGACUGACUACGACGGAGUAGGUAACGAAGGUAAUGGAGCAAAUUUCGAGGUGGAAAACAGCGGUGGUGUUAGUGGUGGCUCCUCUCCCCAGCCUCGCCCUGGCAGCCACAGCCGUAGCGGAGCUGACGAUCACAGUGUUUCCAAAUCUAAGCUUGCAUCUCAUGACUAUACAAGAGAGUCUUCAAAAAGUAGAGAAAAGGAAAGAGAAAAGGGUCAUGAUAAGGAGAGGGAUCGAUAUCGAGAUCGUGAGAGAGACAGGGACCAAAAUCGUGAGAAAGAGAUCGACAAGGGGAGAAGCAGGGAUAGGGAUAGGGAAAGGGACCGAAACAAGGACAGUGACUCUGACCAUAAACAUCAUGAUCGCUACAGAGGAAGCGGUGGCAGAGAUAGAGAUGAUAAGGAACAUUACCGAAGUCGGGACAGACAUAGAGAUUAUGGUAGAGACAGGAAAGACAGGCACAGGCAUUCACAAUCUCCUCCAACACGCUCUCGAUCACGUUCGACAAGCAAAAGGAUAAGUGGUUUCGAUAUGGCUCCUUCUCCAUCUGCAAUGUUGACUGAUGCAGCAGCUGCUGCUGCUACAGGUCAGAAUCCUACAACAAAUCCUCCCAUUCCUGGAAUGUUUCCGAACAUGUUUCCUUUAAAUUUUGGGACUGGUCAGCAGUUUGGUACUCUCCCUGUUAUGCCAGUUCAUGCAAUGACACAGCAGGCUACUAGGCAUGCCCGACGGGUCUAUAUUGGAGGGCUACUCCCAACGGCCAAUGAACAGUCUGUAGCAACAUUUUUUAGCCAGGUUAUGGCAGCAAUUGGAGGUAACACUGCUGGCCCAGGGGAUGCUGUUGUAAAUGUCUACAUAAACCAUGAAAAGAAGUUUGCAUUUGUAGAGAUGAGAUCUGUUGAGGAGGCUAGCAAUGCAAUGGCUUUAGAUGGGAUCAUUUUUGAGGGUGCUCCUGUCAAGGUGAGGAGACCUAGUGACUAUAACCCAUCCCUUGCUGCAACACUUGGUCCAAGCCAGCCCAGUUCUAAUCUUAACCUGGCUGCAGUUGGCUUAAGUCCUGGCUCUACUGGUGGACUUGAGGGUCCAGACCGCAUCUUUGUGGGUGGGGUCCCCUAUUACUUCACUGAGGCACAAGUCAGAGAACUGUUGGAGUCUUUUGGGCCCUUGCGUGGUUUUGAUUUGGUAAAAGACAGAGAAACUGGGAACUCAAAAGGCUAUGCGUUUUGUGUAUACCAAGACCUUUCAGUUACGGACAUUGCUUGUGCUGCCUUGAAUGGAAUUAAAAUGGGGGAUAAAACUCUCACUGUUAGGCGUGCCACCCAGGGUUCUAACCAACCUAAGCCUGAGCAAGAGAGUGUACUAUUGCAUGCACAGCAGCAAAUUGCAUUGCAGAGACUUAUGUUACAGCCUCUCCCUACUAAAGUUGUGUGCCUUACCCAAGUGGUUAGUGUGGAUGAGCUCAAAGAUGACGAGGAAUAUGAAGACAUUUUGGAAGACAUGAGAAUGGAAGGCGGGAAAUUUGUUUGCUUCUUUUCACACGAUACAUGCAGGUACAUUGGUGAAUGUUGUUAUUCCUCGCCCUAGGCCAGAUGGUGAAGCCUCACCAGGAGUUGGUAAGGUUUUCUUGGAGUAUGCUGAUGUUGAAGGUGCCAUGAAAGCCCGAGCAGGGAUGAAUGGAAGGAAGUUCGGUGGGAACCAAGUUGUAGCUGUCUUUUUCCUGGAAAACAAGUUUUAUCAGUGUGAAUAUGAUGGGUAAAGAUUAUUCUAUAGUGAUGAUUUUGCAUCAGCCAUCAGGUGUUCUAUUAGCAGAGGACUUAUAAAUUAAUUAGAGUAUGAAAAUUUACUGUUGAUGUUAGCUUGUGUUCUCUUCUUCCUUUUGACUUUUAUGUUGCUUUUUUAAUGGAGUAAUAACAGAUAACGAUUAGUAUUGAACAAUACAAGUUGAAAUGGAACAUCUUGUUAUUCUUGCUAGUA